AAUUAGAAUAUUCUCAAACACAGUUCUGCGCAUGUGCCAAAUCGGUCGGUGUUUCCUAACUUGCCGGUUUCCGCCAUUUUCUACGUUAAGCGCUGAGUUACCUUGAAAAGAAAUUUACAAGACUGUUGUUGGUAUUCGUCAAGAGAGUCACGAGUAAUAACAUUUUGUAAUAAUACACCUAUCGGUAUCUGAACAUGGAAGACGAUUGCCACCCCAAAACACUAUACGUGGGAAACCUGUCAAGAGAUGUCACGGAGAACCUAAUUCUGCAGUUGUUCACACAGAUAGGACCUUGUAAAAGCUGUAAAAUGAUAACAGAGCAUACAAGCAAUGACCCAUAUUGCUUUGUGGAGUUCUUUGAGCAUAGGGAUGCUGCUGCUGCGCUGGCAGCCAUGAAUGGCCGGAAGAUCCUUGGGAAGGUAAAGGAGCUAAAAGUUUACAUGCCAGUGUUCUGUUGAAAUCUGAUAACCGGCAGGGAACUUUUAGACUUAUAGACUGCUGUUGCUGCAACGGUUUUCAGUGUUACAUCCUCAUUUACUUGUUAUGGGAUUCAUUAUGUGAAUAAGAUUUUCUAUUUAGUCAGCUUUAUGCAUAUGAGAAUUAGCAGUUUUGAAACCCCAGUUUUAUUUUCAAACAGUCUGUGAAGCUUGUGACAGAAGCAUAAGG